AUGGGUGGCAAUUACCAGUGCUUGGACACUGAAUUAAUUAAAAAUGCAUUAGAGUCAGAUUCAGAAGUGACCUUGGAUAAUUCAAACGUACUAAUAUUAUCGAAUAUCUCUUCAGAAAAGGACUUUGAACAGGCCAUUGAGGAUGUAGAGAAGCAGAUUGAGAAGGAGGACACCAAUGACAUGGUCUAUACUUACACGAAGGAAAGCGACCAAGAAGUAGAUGAUAACAAAUAUCCACUAACAGCUUCACUGGAUAUUGUUAAUGGAUCUGCCUUUAUUGACACCAAUAACAGAGAUACGGAAUUACAAAUUGACAAAUCUAUCCUAUACAAUGUGGAGCAAUUAUUUCCAGAAGAGGAUGCUUACAGAAACUGUAAUUACCUAAAAACAUCGAUUCAAACGCUUGUAAAUUUUGAAAAUAAAAUUAAUGCCACAGAUUAUACACAUUAUUAUUAUCAAGACAUCCAACAUAUAACCCAGUCAAUACCCUUUGUAAAAAAGUCAUACGAUACUCAACUACCCGCCGAAAUAACGUGUAUCGCAACAAAUUCAUCAAAAAUAUACUUAGGCACUGCUAGCGGUGAGAUAAUAUGCAAUCCAUUAGACUCUUUCCAACCACCGCAAAGCUUUACUGAAAAACUAUACACCCCUUCAUCACCAUCAGCUGCCAUAACAUGUAUAUGCAUCUCCAGAGAUUCAAAAUGGUUAUUAACAGGCCAUCAAAACGGCGUAAUUCAACUUUUACAGUUAGGAAUGGCGGAGAAACAAGAACAAAGAUUAAUUCAGGGCCUCAGCUUUCUGCGCGGUAUAAAUGAAUCACAAACAAAAAAACCAGGCACAGAGUAUUUAAAUUCUGUCGCUAGUACGUCCUUCCCUAAAAUACCACUCAAUAUUGAGUGCCUAAACAAGACUAACUGGGAUUUGUUUAUUUCAAUAUGCAAGGGUUUUACCACAACCGAAUAUUCGUUAUGUAUUUUUUCUAUAACGACCACUGUCUUAUCUUAUAAAUUGACAAUGGUAGAGUCUUUGCCAUUUCACAACCUAUCACUGAUUUUUCAGCCAGGAAUGGUAUCAACAGAGAUUGAUUUGGAAAUAAUUACCCUGGCUGAUAAUAAAAAACCUACAACACACACUUCCAAUGACAACGACAAGCGCCAAAAGGAUACAUUCAACUUCAGCAUAUUCCAACCUGGGUUCGUCCAUAUGAUGAGUUACAGUAAAAACAAGUCCAUUAACUUGGUAAACACGAUAACUAUUAAUCGAACCGCCAAAUACACAACUAAUGAAUGUUACUCAGGCGAUUUUCAACAAAAUACCAGCAUUUUUGAUGGAGAAUCGAGAGGGGUAUGGCUCAGGUCGGCGUCUACUUUUCAGUCUGUGUUAUUUGUUAUUGAUCUAAAUAAGAUAUACCUCAUAUCUCCUAGUGGAAACAUUAUCACCUAUAACAAAGUAUCACAAUUCAACAUCCCCAAUGAGAUAAUUUCACUCAAAAGGUUAUCUCUCAGUAUUGUAGUGGCUCUGGAUCUUAAAGGUUCUAUUCAUUUCUUCCAAGUAUUGGGACAUAAUGAUAAACUGACAAUUGUCAAAUUUGGGGGGAGUAGUGAUUGCAUAGUUGACUUACAGGAAUUUGCAACUAAUGCUUCCAUACCCCUAGUGUGUUGUUGCGUUAGUGAGAUGAAUGUAGAGGAAAAAGGUUGUAAAAAAUUUGUGGCUACCGUAAACUCUAUAGCAAAUUCCGCAAAUAUUACCAGAAAGACAAUUCCAAUUGACAGUUUUUUGUGUAAAUUUGGUCAUGUUUGCGUCUUUUACUCUGGAAAAUUGCAUUUGUUCGUAAUAUCUUCGUGGUACAAUAUACUGUGUAAACUAGCAUUCAAUAAAAAAUUUUCAAAAUCACUCCGCUUACUUUCCGGAAUAUACCAAAAUAAGCUGCCAAGACUACUUGAAUUCCAGUCCAAUAGAUACCAAUUGGACGCUCAAAAAUUGUUACUGUAUAUACUACACCAAUCAUGUGCCCAGGCAGUUAAGAUGAAAAAGGAGUUGGGUAUAACUGAACUAUUUAUUUCUGAUCUACGCCUAGAGCCAUUGAAAAGUUUGUGUAAUAUACUUAUAGAAUCCUGUAUGAGCACUAAUAUGUACAAUGAGCUUGUGGGUCUCCUUUUCAGAUCCUUCAAUGGCAUCUCUCUCUCCAAUUUAUUUAUUUCACAAUUUUUAGAUACUUUAAUUAAGUACACAGUACACGGGUGCACGCCUCCAUGCUUCAAUGACCCAAAUUCUGAUAAACCGCAUAAAUCACAGAAUUUACAUGGUGAUAUUUCUGAAGAACCACACAAAAUAUCUGGAAUUAACACACGAGACGAUGAUAUGCAACCCUUCACCCUUGGAUUACCGCUAACUGAAGCCAUAGUUGCUCUAAUACGAAAUUCUUUAAACGAACUCAACACAGGUGAAAUGUUAGAGCCGAAUUCAACGUUCAUCAACCCAAACAACACUUCCUUCAUGUGCAAAAAUCCCACUGAUUCAAUGCUGAGGUAUUAUUUCAUUCUGAAAUUGUUGCGCAAUAUCUCAGAUUUUGCAUUAAAUGAUCCAACACUGCCAAUUUCGCUAGAAUCAGAACCACUGCAAAACUUGGCUAUUGAAUUUGAGCUUUGGGACAUAUUAGUGAAGCUCAAGAUGAAGGAUUUAACUUGUGAUUCGCUUGUUUACUUAUUUGACACUUUGGCGUUGCAACUUGUUAAAAUAAGAGAGUCAACAUUCGAAAAACAUUAUACUGCCACUUUUCAUAAGCUGAAGAAGGCGCUUCUACAACUGAUUCCUCCGCCUAGGCUAUAUAAGAAUAAUUGCCUUGCUAAUACCUUUGUCAGCCUUUGGUCUGUCACCGAUUAUACUACAUACAAUAGUUGUGUAACUGAAGAUGAGGUGGGUUAUUUUGCCAAUGCUACCUAUAAGGAUACCUUCAUCAAUUCCCUUAGGGUCAUACUUAUUAUGUCAUUUGGCAGCGAAAAUGUCACGGAUCACAUUACAUACACUGAAAAUACAUUACUCCAUCCCGUGCUGACGGAGGCAAUAUUGUUAGCUCCUGGUGAUUGGUUUGAAUUUUCCAUUCACAACGAUAAGUACCACCCCGUUCUAAAAUCGCAUUAUAAUUCAUACAACUUGGAAACCGACAAAUUAUCAGACCCAGAAGUGAUUGCAUACAAGAUUGUAUAUUAUGAAAAUGCUUACAAACUGUAUGCACUAUCUUUCAUGAUAUACCACGUGAUGGGUAACAAUCUUGAUCAUUCAUUUGACAAGUGGGAUGAUUUGCUACAUAUAUACCAGUCGCCGAUUAUGCUAUAUAAUGACAAUAUAAGAUCAAAUUGUGAGAGUUUUAACAUUGUAAACCACCAUUAUUUUGGGAAUUGUCCAAUCCAUCAACUGGAAAAGUUGACCCCGGACUACAUGAAAUAUAACGACGAAAAUGUGUUAUAUGAUACUAGAAAUGAAAGAAUUUCAUUUGGGAAUUUUUUUAUAUUACACAAUUUUGACAUUACUUAUCCUUGCAAAUGUUAUCAUGGUUACCUUCUUUCAUUAUUGGGUUUGAUGGUGAAACAGCUUAUCCCUUUUCCAUCACCACCAGAUCAACUGUUUACCAUAUCAAAAUUGCCACUCCAACUAACCAUUGAAGAUAAGUCGAUAAUUUUCGAAGCUUUGUCCAUGUUUGACGACAUAUUCAAACUUCUAGAUAGGGAUAAUCUCACAAAUUUUUUGCUACACCACUUUAGCUUUGUUGAGAUAGAUGACACGACUGAUGAACCAGAAAUUACUUCGCCAAGGCAACUGCAUCACCUCCUCACUUGGAGUGUUAUAAAAAAUAUACAAAUCCUAAAAGAACUAAACACACAGGUUGUCAGGCGGGUUUUGUUUUACACCCUGUCUAAUGAAUCUAUGAAGCUUAUGAUAAAUAUGGGAGUCUUGACCAAUAUACCUGAUAUGGCAGAUACUUUACUAGAUUCUCUGCAUGACUAUCCAGAAUUGCAGGCUGAUGUAUACAUUUUGCUGAUGAAGAAUCUCAAAGAUAAGCUCGGCAAAUUUGACCGGUUUGACCACCUACUGGAACUGUUAUGCCAACGCAAGUGUAAGAGAUUGAUUCCACUACUUAAAAAGGAGCCAAAGAUCGACAUUAAAAAGUGUCUCUCUGUAGCAAGUGAUAAAUACCCAUUCCCUGAAGUAAAAUCGUAUCUAAUGGAGAGGGCUGGGAAUAUACAAGCGUCACUGGAUGGAGUUGAUGAUUUUGAUGAAAUGGUAGAGAUUACAAUUCGGGCCAUAGGUAAAAUUAGCGACCAUUCUCUCCUUUUAAAGUGGAUAGAUUUACUCACAAAUCAUCCCAAAACAAUCCCUAAUGACAAUAAAAAUCCUUAUUGUAACUAUGUCAUAUCAAAAAUUAGUAAAUCGCUUGCCAAAUUAUCAGGAUAUGGACUAGAUAUUGCCGAACACCCAGAUCUAAUAGGUAGAUAUAUAAGAUAUUUGGAAAAGUACCCAGAUAAACUAGAUUCAGAUACCAACAAUUAUGUCAUUGAACUUUUUAGGAAGAUACUGAGAUCAUUGGAUAUGAAGAGGGGCGUUUUUAUAGAAGCAUUACAACUUGCAAGACAAAGUUUGGACAUUGAAGUUGCCAAAAGGAUGGAAUCAUUGUCUAGAGGUAUCUUGGUUGGCAAAAAUAAUGAAUUUGACAAAACAAGUCAUUUACCAUUCUCAAACAUAUGUGGCGGAUGUAAUAGAACCUUAAAGGUAGAUGACCAGAUGCGUAUUUUCCUCUGUGGGCACGUAUUCCAUUCCCAGUGCAAACCUGAGAUAGCAUGCAAUUUACACUAA